AUGGGUAGGGGAUCCCAUGAGUCUCUGGUGAUGGUCCACGACGACGAUCAGGUCCUGGAGUCAGUUUGUGCGGCCCGGACCGGAAGAUGCUUUGGGGCGGUAACAUCCUCCACAGCACCAAACAUCUUCGAGAUACCUUUGCACUCGCCAAGGCCGCAGGAACCGUCCGACAUCACGACAGGGAAGGCGAGUGUGAAGAACACCUGGGCCACGCGAAAGAAAACGACCCUCGCCUGGAAGUCUCGUAGUAAACAUCGAGACGAAGGGGAGUGGCGGGGAACACACGAGACCCCGAUAUUGGUCAGCGAUGGACCAAGGUGGCCUGGUGCUUUGACGGUAUGGGUUCAGCGCGACCCAGAGAGAAUUGAUUUCGUCGUCGUUUUCCAAACGCCCGACAGCGUCCAUCCCCUCCCUUCGCCUCCCGAUCCAAAUGUAGCACCUGAAGAACACUGGCGCCUAGGCGACGGCGAGUACCCAUGGCCUACCAGCGGCACGGUUCAUAUUGGACACUCUGGAGCAAGUUCGGGCAAAAUGGGCUGGAAACGAUGUUUGCGACAUGGGAGUCCCUGA